UCUUCAGAUUGAAGCAGAGGGAAAGCACAUAUAAUAUAUAGAAAAGAAUUGUUAAACCUACAAAAAUCAACCAUAUUUCCAUGCCUGGUUCCUGCGCUGAACUUUUGUAUGAUAGGGGAGGAAAAGAUAGCUCCGGGCUCACAUCUCCUUGUCCUUUUGCCAACCUCCGUCUUCCAGCUCAAUCCUUGUCGCUUUUUUCCUCAUGCGAUGCGUCAAGCCAGCCAGCCCGUGAUGCUCAGCGACAGUAGAGUAGUAGCCGACACACUGCGCAUACGAUUCCCUCCUUCCUCCCCCACAAAACCCAACGGAAAAAUAAUAUCAACUGUACAUUCUGCAGUGCUCCAUUGUCCAUUCAGAGAGAGCUCUCAGUUCAUCAGUUGCAUUGCAUUCAUCUGCUCCACAUGCUCUCCCAGUCCCUUGCAAGCUGGCCUGUGUGACAGUGAGUGCCGUGCUGCUCCAGUAGCUGUAACUGUGUAAGUCCUGUUGCCAGUUGCUGAAGAAAGGAAGCAAAUCUGGUGGUGGUGAGGUUCCUGCAGGGGGAGGAAGAGGCAUUAGCAUCCAGUGCUUGCUUGCCAGGGGGUGAAAACAACUGGUGGUCUACCACUCAGAACCAUUCCCUGUGCAGGAUUGGACAUUUUCUCUUCUUUUUUUCUGGUCGCCAGUAGCUAUCUCCAAUAACUAGCAACUGUUCUAUCUAGAUGUGUGUUCUUGAUUAACAAGGCUGGAGAUUAAUUGCUGCUCGAAUUCUCUUCGAUUCCAGCUGGAGACUGCAAAAAGGUUUCGCGAUUUCUGAUCAUUUGCUCAUCAUUUCCGCGCUUGCUGUCCUCCAUCCAUCAAGCUGCUGUCAUCGGUUGCGCAGUAGCAGAAAGCUGGCAAUCAUCAACGAAUCAUCAGAAGAUUUCCAAGAAAGAAGAGGAGAAGAAUUCUUUGCAGCAAGCUAGAGCUACCAAACGCAAGUGAGGUCCAAGAAUGGCUCGAGGAAGUUGCCGGCGGCAUCCUCUGGUCGUCUUGCUGCUGCCAUUGCUGCUAGCAAUGGUGCCGGAGUCGACGCAGCUGCAGUCGUCGCAGACAUGGUCGCUGCUGAAGAUCCAGCAGCUGCUCAACUACCCGCCGGUGCUCCGCACCUGGGGCAACACCACCGACUUCUGCUACGGCGGGGACUACAAGACCGCCUCCGCCUUCGUCGAGUGCUACGGCGACAGCGUGACGCAGCUCCACAUCAUGGGUCCCGGCGCCGGCCCGCUGCCCAAGACGUUCAGCGUCGACGCCUUCUUCACGACGCUGACGAGGCUGCCGGACCUCCGGGUGCUGACGCUCACCGGGCUCGGCCUCUGGGGCCCGCUGCCGGGGAAGGUGUCGCGGCUGGCGUCGCUGGAGAUCGUCAACGUCAGCGGCAACUACCUCUACGGGCAGCUCCCGGAGGGCCUGUCCCGUCUCAGCAGCCUACAGACCUUCAUCGCCGACGACAACUUGCUCUCCGGCGAGCUCCCGGCGUGGCUCGGGAAGCUGCCGUCGCUGGCCGUGCUCAGCCUCCGGAACAACUCGCUGCAGGGGACACUGCCGGAGUCCGUCAGGGACAUGGGGUCGCUGCGGUCGCUGACGCUCGCGUGCAACAACCUCUCCGGCGCGGUGCCGGACAUGAGCGCGCUGACGAACCUCCAGGUGGUGGACCUCGCCAACAACUCGCUGGGGCCAGCGUUCCCGCGGCUCGGGAGGAAGGUGGCCAGCGUCGUGCUCAGCGGCAACCGCUUCGGCAACGGGCUCCCCGCCGAGGAGGUCGCCUCGUUCUACCUCCUCGAGCGCCUCGACGUGUCCAGGAACCGCUUCGUCGGCCCGUUCCCGCCCGCGCUGCUGUCGCUGCCGUCCAUCGAGUACCUCAGCGUCGCCGGGAACCGCCUCACCGGCCUGCUCGCCGCCAACAUGUCCUGCGGCGAGAACCUCCGGUUCGUGGACGUGUCGUCCAACCUCCUCACGGGGACGCUCCCGUCGUGCCUGGCGGCGCGAGCCGCCGCCGCUGCCUCCAAGGUGACGCUCCUGGCGGCGUCCAACUGCCUGUCCGGGACGCCCGCCGCGGGCACGCAGCACCCGGCCCUGUUCUGCCAGAACCAGGCGCUGGCGGUGGGCAUCGUGCCCGUCCAGUCGCGCGGCGGCGGCGGCAAGGGCAAGUCCAAGGCCGUGGUGGUGGGCGGCUCCAUCGCGGCCGCCUUCGCCGCGGCGGCGCUGGUCGGCGUGGCCGCGUUCGUCGCCGCGCGGAAGGCGGCCGUGCGGCGCGCCAAGGCCCGCCCGCCACGGCGUCUGGUGGAGCACGCCGCGGCGUCGUCCAUGUCCAUGUCCGUCAGCGGCGCGUACCCGUCGCAGCUGUUGGCCGACGCGCGGUACAUCUCGCAGACGGUGAAGCUGCAGGGCGCGCUGGGCAUCCCGGCGUACCGUUCCUUCUCGCUGGUGGAGCUGGAGGCGGCCACCAACAACUUCGAGGUGUCGCGGCUGAUGGGGCAGGACGCGCACGGGCAGAUGUACCGCGGCACGCUCAGCAACGGCACGGACGUGACGAUCCGGUCGCUGCGGGUGGCGGCGCGGCGAGGUGGUGGACAGGGACAGGCGGCGUUCAACCGGCACGUGGAGAUGAUCUCCAGGCUGCGGCACCGCCACCUGGUGAGCGCGCUGGGCCACUGCUUCGAGUACAACCUCGACGACGCCACCGUCACGCAGCUCUUCCUCGUGUUCGAGUACGUCCACAACGGCAACCUCCGGAGCAGGAUCUCGCAGGGGACCGAAGGGAGGAAGCUGCCGUGGGUGCAGAGGAUCUCGGCGGCGAUCGGCGUGGCGAAGGGCAUCCAGUUCCUGCACGGGGGAAUCAUGCCGGGGCUCUUCGCCAACAACCUCAAGAUCACAAACAUCCUGCUGGACCAGAACCUCGUCGCCAAGAUCGGCAGCUACAACAUCCCAAUCCUCGCCGAGACCGCCAAAUCAGAGGGAGGUGGUGGUGGAAGUAAGUAUCCAUCAUCUGACAGGGUACCCAACGGCGACAAGAUCGACAUCUACGACUUCGGCGUGAUCCUGCUGGAGGUCAUAACCGGGAGGCCCAUCACGUCGAUCCACGAGGUGGAGAUCAUGAAGGAGCAGCUGCAGUCGGCGGUGACGUCGGAGAGCCCGGGGCGGCGGAGGGUGCUGGUGGACCAGGCGGCGAGCCGGGCGUGCUCCGACGAGUCGGCGCGGACGGUGAUGGAGAUCUGCCUGCGGUGCCUGGCCAAGGAGCCCGCGCAGCGGCCGUCGGUGGAGGACGUGCUGUGGAACCUGCAGUUCGCGGCGCAGGUGCAGGACGACUGGCGAGGCGACUCACGGAGCACCACCAGCGAGGAGUCGCCGCUGUCGCCGUCGCAGAUCCCCAUGGACCCCAUCAUCUCCAGGACGGACGCCUAGUCGCGAUUAGACGUCCUAUUAGUAGCAGGUCGAGAGGAGAUGCGACUUGUUGGGCGAUCAGGCGGCGAGACCUUUCACUACGUACGUGAUUAUGAGACUGAGAUUUUGGUGGUCAACCUCGUACUGCUGCGAGGAAGGAAGGAAGAACGUGACAGAAUAACGUGAGGCUCAAGUGUACAGCAGCUGCAGCUGAAGCUGGAACUUACUACUCCAUAUAUAUUGCUACUACUACUACUAGUACCCCAGGAUGUGUACAGGGCCCUUUGGUUUGGCCUGCUAGCAUUUUAUUGUCGGACUUUGCUUCUUUAAAUCCACCUUUUUUUUUAUUUUCCUAUAUAUAGGUCGUUUGACUAUGUAAGCACAACUGUAUUUGCGUCAAACUUAUCAGUAGGACCAAGAGUGACUUCUUGCAGCA